AUGGCAACCUCGUCUGCGUCGCCCAAGCCCAACGUGGGGAUCUUGUCCAUCGGCGACAUGGGUGUUGGUAUAGCCCGGCUUCUCCGCCACCAUCACUACAAAGUCUACACCGUCGGGGCAGGUCGAAGCCAACAUACUCUCAACCGUAUAAAGUCGGCACAGAUCAAGGCGCUUGAUUCAGACGAAGCACUCGUCGCCGAGUCCGAUAUCAUCCUGAGCAUCGUGCCUCCACGAGACGCAGUCGCCACGGCCCAGAGAGCACACCAAGCAUGCAACGCUCACGCAGCCAUCAAGCGUAGACAGGAAAGGACUGGGAUCGCUCGGAAGCUGACCUUCAUUGACCUCAACGCCAUCAGCCCUCGCACCACCAAAUCCAUCGGCGCGUUGUUCAGUAGUCCGCAGCUUCCAUCGUCGCCAGGAGUUCAAGGCAUCACACGAUCAUUCAGCUUUCAUCGUUCGGACUCUGAACCUGAGCUACCGCCUAUUGAAAUCGACUUUUUCGACGGCGGCAUCAUUGGCGGCCCGCCGUCGCUUCGCGAAGACCAGACGUGGAAACGUCCGUCGAUCGUGUUAUCUGGGCCUCGACUUUCCGAGGUUCUUCCUUCCGAGUUUACCGAGCUCCUAAACGUUCGUGUUGUUGGGAACACAAUAGGACCGGCCUCGGCACUCAAGGCAUGCUUUGCGAGCCUGAGUAAAGGCAUGAUCGCUCUGAGUAUCCUGUCCUUCACCACUGCUCAUCAAGCCGGGGUUCUCCCUGCGUUGGAAGAGCAUCUGAAAGAAUUCAAUCCAGGGGCGCUUGCUGCCGCCAAAAGUGGACUCACGGGUAUGCCGCCCAAAGCCUACAGGUGGGUCGACGAGAUGCGGCAGAUCAAUGAGACUUUCAUGGAAGAAGGUGGGUUUGGAAAGGACGUUCUAGGCGAGACGCAUGGUGUGUUUGACGGCAUCGCGGAGGUCUAUAAGCUCAUUGCGGACGACACGGUGCUCGGGGAGGAGAGAGUUGAAAGCAGGAAGCGAGGCACAGAGGUGAGUGAUGUAGUAGAGUGUAUCGGGGAGGGAAUCAAGGCGAAGAAGAGGAAGAUCGCCGGUGAGGACUGGAGAAGAAACUGGGCAUGA